GCUGGGCGGGUCAGUUUCGAUGAUGUCAUAUCCCCUGGGGGACCGGGAGCCAAUAGUGUUGCUCGACAACCCGGAAGAAACAGCAGCCCGUAAAGAGCGCCCUGGAUUUCAAUUUUGAACAGAUAAGAAGACGUUGACAGCUGUCCUGGUCUGGAGUCCGCCCCAGUAGGACCAUGAGUUUCUCCCCCACCCCCGUGGGCCCGACCAGCAGCCGUAGUGUCCAGGAGCAGAGAGAGAAGUGGGAGAGAAAGAGAACCCGUACAGCCAGGGCCCUGGUCCAAACUGAACAGAAAUACUGUAAACAACUACAACUAGUCAACACGUACUUUGUGGAGAUUCUGAAGGCCAAAGGCACCCUGAGGCAGGACAUUAGAGAAAGCAUCUUUAGUUCCAUUCCAUCCAUCCAUUCAGUAAACCAGACGUUGUUGGUCCGUCUGGAGAACGGGGACUUUGGACGUGGAUUUGAUGACUUCUGUCCUCACCUCCACCACUACGUUACCUACAUAGACAACAUCCAGAACACCAACAAGGUCCUGGCGCUCCAGGUAAAGAAGAACAAGGCCUUUAGAAGGUUUAAGAAGCUCCAGGAGUCCAGACCAGAGUUCCACAACUGUAAACUAGAGGACCUGCUCCCACUGCCCAUCCAGCGCAUCCAGCAGUACAAGCAUUUCUUGCGGGAUCUGUCAGAGAACACUAGUUCAGACUACCCAGAGUUCCAACAGCUUUCAAGGUCGGUGAAGCUGGUCUCUGAGGUAUCCCAGCGUAUCCAGGACAACGCCCGCAGCCAUGACAACCACCUGCAGCUGCGGCGGGUGCAGAAACUGCUGAAGGGGAGAAAGACCAAGGUGAUGGCUCCAGGUCGCUGGUACCUGCGUGAGGGCUGGCUGCGUACCGUCCCCCCUAAAGGAGCAGAGGUCAAGCCCAAAAUGUUCUUCCUGUUUAGUGAUGUCCUUCUCCAAGCCAAGCCCUGCCACCCUCUCCAUCCCACCAACGGAGAUAAGUUUGCUGGCCAGAGAGUCUACCCUCUGAAGAACUGUACUGUGGACAAGGUGUUUGGGCACACCAAGAGCCAGGGCGGCCUUCUCAGUUUGACCUUCCCUAAAGCCAAGCUGCUGCUGAUGUCCAGCGACCAGGAAGAUAUCAACGACUGGUAUUACAGCCUGAGCUCUGCUGUAGGUCAGUUGAAGUCCAGGAACACAGUGGUCCAUCAGAGAGAUGAUCUGGUCAGGAGACCUCUACGCUGCUUUGUAGAGGACCAGAAGAACCAAACUACCCCCUCCACACCACCCACUACCACCCCCGGGAGGAAGAGGAUGGCCCCCCCUCCACCCCAGACCCCCUCCACCUCCACUGCUCCAGCAGAAGCAGAGGGCAGCGCCUCCAAGAGGAUGAAGCUGACUGAGGGACCAGCUGAGAGUGAACCGGCUUGGUCAAGCUGUGUGAUCCUGUGAAAGACGAAGAACUUUAGAGAUCCUUACUCUUUCACACAAACCAAUCAAGUCAGACAGAUAAGCGUUAAUGGGGGAGAUGGGAGGUAGUUAGAUACUGGAGAAUCAGGUUAAUGGGGGAGAUGGGAGGUAGUUAGAUACUGGAGAAUCAGGUUAAUGGGGGAGAUGGGAGGUAGUUAGAUACUGGAGAAUCAGGUUAACGGGGAGAUGGGAGGUAGUUAGAUAUUGGAGAAUCAGGUUAGCGGGGGGAUAUGAGGAGAGAUGGGAGGUAGUUAGAUACUGGAGAAUCAGGUUAACGAGGGGAUAUGAGGAGAGAUGGGAGGUAGUUAGAUACUGGAGAAUCAGGUUAACGGGGGGAUAUGAGGACAGAUGGGAGGUAGAUAGAUACUGGAGAAUCAGGUUAACGAGGGGAUAUGAGGAGAGAUGGGAGGUAGUUAGAUACUGGAGAAUCAGGUUAACGAGGGGAUGUGAGGACAGAUGAGAGGUAGUUAGAUACUGGAGAAUCAGGUUAACGGGGGGAUAUGAGGAGAGAUGGGAGGUAGUUAGAUACUGGAGAAUCAGGUUAACGAGGGGAUAUGAGGAGAGAUGGGAGGUAGUUAGAUACUGGAGAAUCAGGUUAACGGGGGGAUAUGAGGAGAGAUGGGAGGUAGUUAGAUACUGGAGAAUCAGGUUAACGGGGGGAUAUGAGGAGAGAUGGGAGGUAGUUAGAAGAUAUGAAAUGUGAAGAUUUUAACACUGAUGCCAAAGACACACUAUGAAACACCUUCACAAUAGAAGCUCGAGGAGAUGGAAUAUGUGAGAUUUGACUCUGAAAGAAAUGUUUUGUCCUGAAUAGAAUGUUGCCAUUAUAUGUCAGAGCAAAAGCUGGGCUCAAGAGGAAAAUAUUGUAUUACUAGACUGGGAAUCAAAACUGUCACCUGGGAUAUUUUGGCAGCACAAUACCAUAUAAUCUUAAUGUUAAAUUGUGAUUUUUACUGUCUAUUUACAUUUAAUUCAUACAAGAGCUGAAAUAUUAGUAAUAUCAUGCUUGUAUCUAUGGUAAUAUACAGUAUAUUAUAAUAUUAGUAUCAUAUCAUGCUUGUCUAUGGUAAUAUACAGUAUAUUAUAAUAGUAAUACAUCAUGCUUGUCUAUGGUAAUAUACAGUAUAUUAUAAUAUUAGUAUCAUCAUGCUUGUCUAUGGUAAUAUACAGUAUAUUAUAAUAUUAGUAUCAUAUCAUGCUUGUCUAUGGUAAUAUACAGUAUAUUAUAAUAGUAUCAUAUCAUGCUUGUCUAUGGUAAUAUACAGUAUAUUAUAAUAGUAAUACAUCAUGCUUGUCUAUGGUAAUAUACAGUAUAUUAUAAUAGUAAUACAUCAUGCUUGUCUAUGGUAAUAUACAGUAUAUUAUAAUAUUAGUAUCAUCAUGCUUGUCUAUGGUAAUAUACAGUAUAUUAUAAUAUUAGUAACAUAUCAUGCUUGUCUAUAUGGUAAUAUACAGUAUAUUAUAAUAUUAGUAACAUAUCAUGCUUGUCUAUAUGGUAAUAUACAGUAUAUUAUAAUAGUAUCAUAUCAUGCUUGUCUAUGGUAAUAUACAGUAUAUUAUAAUAUUAGUAUCAUCAUGCUUGUCUAUGGUAAUAUACAGUAUAUUAUAAUAUUAGUAUCAUAUCAUGCUUGUCUCUGGUAAUAUACAGUAUAUUGUAAUAGUAAUACAUCAUGCUUGUCUCUGGUAAUAUACAGUAUAUUAUAAUAGUAAUACAUCAUGCUUGUCUAUGGUAAUAUACAGUAUAUUGUAAUAGUAAUACAUCAUGCUUGUCUAUGGUAAUAUACAGUAUAUUGUAAUAGUAAUACAUCAUGCUUGUCUAUGGUAAUAUACAGUAUAUUAUAAUAUUAGUAACAUAUCAUGCUUGUCUAUGGUAAUAUACAGUAUAUUAUAAUAUUAGUAUCAUAUCAUGCUUGUCUCUAUGGUAAUAUAUAGUAUAUUAUAAUAUUAGUAUCAUAUCAUGCUUGUCUCUAUGGUAAUAUAUAGUAUAUUAUAAUAUUAGUAUCAUAUCAUGCUCGUCUCUAUGGUAAUAUACAGUAUAUUAUAAUAUUAGUAUCAUAUCAUGCUUGUCUCUAUGGUAAUAUACAGUAUAUUAUAAUAUUAGUAUCAUAUCAUGCUUGUCUCUAUGGUAAUAUACAGUAUAUUAUAAUAUUAGUAACAUCAUGCUUGUCUAUGGUAAUAUACAGUAUAUUAUAGCGUUAUGGAGAUAUAUGGAGUGCAGGACUAGGAGUAUAUACAAGCCAGCGGCAUUGUAUUACAAUUAAUAGCUACUGAGUUAAUGAAUAUAGUUAUUCCAUAUCAUGAUUGUAUCUUUCACUACUGCAGAGAGAGAGAGAGAAGUCUCUCCUUUAAAAACUCUUCUGAUAUGUGGUAGGUCAUUCUGAGCCUUAUGAAUGGAUAGUCUACUGGUGAUUUCAAUAAUGUAUCAUACGAUUCCAUUCCUUUUUACAUUACACAUUCCUUCUGUAGUCAUCAUGUACUCCAUCCAAUAUAUUUAUCAAAAACAUUAAACAUUUUAAACAUU